AUGGACGCUCGUCAUUGCUAUACUAGCAUUCCACUCAGUUUGAGUGACAGUAUUGUAUUAGACGUCCUUGUUGCCAAAAUAAUUCGAGAUUCUUUCAAUCUUCACUUACAUAAUUUCUUAAAUAGAGAUCCAUUGACUUCAAGAUUCAAUCACUUAAUUAUCAACCAAUCAAAUACUCAAGUACAUUCUAAGAUAGCCAAGUAUCUUAAUAUAGAUUUUGAAAUAAUCGGCUUUGGUGGUAGUAAAAAAUUAAAAAGACAAUGGUGUGAUAUUAAAUUCGGGACAAAGAUAAAAUCUAAAGGCAAACUCAUUGAAAACUUUAAUGGAAGUUACAUUUUGCAUUUCCCCGGAGGGAACUGUUCAUAUUACUUAAAACCGGGAUAUAGACGGUUUUCGUGUAAAGAUGGGAAUUACAACGCUGUAAUGAAGAGAAGAGAAAUAAAUCAUCCCAAAGAAAGUAAUUAG